AUGAAGGAACUUGCUUCUUUUCGACUCCAGAUCCUCAGCACUGUUAGGCGUCAAGGUAUUGCUAUCGAGCAGUCCGCCGAGUACACACCAGAGCAGAACGGCGCAGCGGAACACUGUCACGCAGGCACUGGGCUGGAAGUCACCAUUGACUUACCUGCAAGAGCAUAUCGCGAGCAGGGGCUCUACGAGCCCUACGCUGCCAAUAUCAAUGUCACUAGCUCAUUUACGAAUUAUCGGCUGCGAAGCCUACGCAAAGGACCACAAGUACAUUGCGCUUUCUUUACAGGAACGCUACGUGUUCCCGAGCCUCCGAACGAGCCUUCGCCAACACUGUCCACCUUCCCGCCGCCGCCGAAGAACUGGCACGAAAUGCCCAAACACCCUUACAAAAAGGAAUUUAUCGAAGCAGCGGAAGUGGAAUGGAACAAGAUAGUGGGAAGGAACACGCUCAAACCGGUACCAAUGCCCAAGGAUGAGCAAGUCCUGCCUCUUUGCUGGGUGUUUACAUACAAAUUUGAUGCCAAAGGAGGCUUAAAGAAAGAUACAGGGACUUGA